AUGGAACGGAACAGCACGUAUCGAUAUCAAUCUCUGCCACCGAUUGCGGAAGAGGGUCGCACACCGUCCUUCACCCGACUCCUCUUCCUGUACCCAGGCUCGGGAGAGGACCCCUUUGGAGCGCAUCUAGAAAUUGUCGACAUCGAGCAUGCGCCUCCCUACGAAGCUUUGUCUUACACGUGGGGAAAACCGACGGAACAGCCGAGAGACUACAUCUGGAUGCAAGGCUGUCCUAUGCCUAUCAGGCCAAAUCUAGAAGAUGCUCUGCGCUCUCUACGCUUGCCGAACCAGGUGCGAAGGCUGUGGGUCGAUGCGCUCUGCAUCGAUCAGUCUGACCUGGACGAGCGUGCUCGGCAGGUCCAGUACAUGAGGCUGGUCUACAAACACGCUGCCCGCGUUAUCGUAUGGCUCGGUCUCAAGACUUCCGGGACACAUGAAGCGUUCCAGGCCGCGGAACGGCUCGCAAGAAUCAGAGAACUUACUCAUCCAGCGGCUACUGGACCUAACGGUGGGCAAAUCGACCCCGGCACAGUCCAGGGCCUGAUGAGCAGCAUGCUCGAAGACCUACCGGAGACAUGCAUGAUCCACCUGGACGAAGUCUUUGAACGCCAGUACUUCAGCCGUUGCUGGUGUGUGCAGGAGGUGGUGGCAUCUUCAAGGGCGAUUGCCAAGAUUGAGGACCUGGAAAUGUCGUUUUUCGACUUGAUCGCCUCAUUGAUUGUGCUCGCGGGUUGGAAAAGCGAGAUCCUCAUCGACCGACCCUACCAGUUAUGGAAUUUGAUCCUCAUGCGACGGCAACCCAACAGUUUUCUCGGCCAGCCCGAGGUCGAGGGCUCGAUUGGCUCGUUUCUUGCACUUCUGGAGCUGACGCGAACAUUGCAAGCGACGGAUGACCGAGACAAGGUGUUUUCCCUCCUCGGUAUCUGCGACGAGGGGCUGAACCCUGUGCUGGCGUUGACGCAGGUCUUUGACAACAAUGACAGUUGGCGCAUUCGGUUAAUUCGUCGAGGCUUGACACGGGUCAAUCAUUUCGUCAAUGGUCUUGCUCCGGAUCUCAACUUUGGUCGGCCGAGAGCUUUGCGACCAGAUUACAAAAGGGAGACCGUGCUGGUGUACUGCGAUCUUACGAGGUUCCUCUUGCGCAAACAGCCUCGGAUUCUAGACGUCCUUGACCACGUACAACAUAACGAGGACCCAGGCAUCGGUGACUAUCCGUCCUGGGUUCCAAAGUGGUUUGACCCAAGGACAUGUUCCGUCUUCAAGGGAGCCUAUCUCGCUGGCUUUUGCGAUGGGCAUUUCCGUUAUUUUGCCGAGCUUCACGAUAUUCCGGUCCGCAACGAUCCCGUGCGGCCAAAGGUUCUGUCUAUAGAUGGGUAUCAUGUUGAUGUGGUAUCGAAAACGACCGAAACACUUGCGUUUGGAUUUGGGGCUCGUGCUACUGCGGAAGCUAUUGUGAGAGCUUGGGAGCAGCUUUUCGACAUACCGAUCGCCCCCAGAUGCGGAAGAAAGUAUCGCGAUAACAUUCUACUGGAUGUGGUAUUCUGUAAAGCCAUCUUGGCUGGUGCUCUGGGUUCCAUCAUUGGCUAUAGUCACCUCCUUACUAGGAAUCAGGGAGGAUUGAACCCUCUCUUCGACGAUCGUACCCAUAAACCUCACGCUGAGCUCGACCGAGAGGCUCAAGACUUGGCGGAGACAUUCCUUACCCAGAUGGCUGAGUUCGGUCUCCCGCCAACGGCGACGGAAUUCGGGAACCCGGAUCGAGAGGACAAGCUGCAGGUCUUUGGAGCAGGGGCGCGUACCUACUCGAAUAACCGAAAGGUAUUUGCGACCCGUGAUGGCCGUGUGGGCAUCGGGCCCAAGAUGAUGCAGCCUGGGGACGAGGUCGUCGUUCUUUUUGGGGGCCGGAUGCCCUUCAUUGCACGACAGAGGGGUGAUCACCGACUGCUAGUUGGGAGCUGCUACUUGGUUGACGAAGAGCUGAUGUGGGGGAAGGUGACCGAGAAACAACAUUUCUUUCCUGCACACUGCGAAAUUUGCUGUCGGAUGACUUUCCGAAUGCAAGCCUCCACAUCAUCUGAUAGUAAAGAUUGUCACCAAAAGCUCGAGGUCAGCAUAACAGUUACGAAGCACCCGAAAAUGAAGAUUCUCCUGAUCGGAAAAGGCGGUCGCGAACAUGCCCUUGCAUGGAAACUCACUCGAUCGCAAUCAGUAGAGCAUGUCUACGUUUUGCCGGGCAAUGUUGGCACCGGAACCUUGACGAAAGCCUCGAAUUGCCGCGAAAUAGCCCUUGACGACUAUGGUGGCCUCGUGAAGCUGUCAAAGAGGCUUGAAAUCGACCUUGUCAUCAUCGGCCCAGACGACGCUGUUGUUGGGGGCAUGGGAGAUCACUUUCGGAGCAAUGGAAUCCGUUGCUUUGCCCCAAGUAAGAGAGCGGCCAUCAUCGAAGGCUCCAAGGACUUUGCAAAGGACUUCAUGUGCAGACGCAAGAUUCCGACCGCAUGCUACGAAACCUUUGACAAGGCUGACUGCGACAAGGCCAAGGCGUAUGUACGAAGGUUGGGCCGUAGAGUGGUCAUCAAGGUGGACGGCCUUGCAGCAGGAAAGGGUGUCAUCCUUCCCGAGACGACCGUAGAGGCGGAGCAAGCCCUCGAGGACAUCAUGCUCAAGGACAAGUUCGGUGGUGCUAGCGAGAUGGUGAUUAUUGAGGAGUACCUCGAGGGUUACGAAAUUAGCGUCCUCACCUUCACUGAUGGAACAUCGAUUCUCUCUCUGCCGCCGGGCCAAGACCACAAGCGCGCUCUUGACGGCGAUGAGGGACUGAAUACCGGCGGUAUGGGCGUGUAUUCGCCUGUUCCCUCCGUGACUGAGGAGCAGAUGGCCGACAUUGAAGAAAAGAUCAUCUUGCCGACUAUUGUUGGCCUUGAGUUAGAAAGGAGACCUUUCAACGGCAUGCUCUUCACGGGGGUAAUGAUGACGUCCACAGGCCCCAAAGUGCUUGAGUACAACGCGCGUUUCGGCGACCCAGAGACGCAGAGCAUGGUACUUGUCCUGCCAGACGAGGCUUUGCCAGAAAUCAUUCUCGCUUGUGUAGAGGACAGGCUGGGUGACAUCGAGCUGAAAACACUUGCAGGUUUUGCCUGCAAUAUUACUGUUGCGGCUAAGGGCUAUCCAGAAUCAUACAGGGAAGGGGAUCUUAUCCGAAUAGAACCUACCUCUGAAGGUGUACAUGUCUUCCACGCCGGAACUGAUCAGGUCGACGAUAAAUUAUUCACGGCAGGCGGUCGUGUCCUGUCCGUUGCCGCGACGGGUGAAACCCUUGAGGAAGCAGUAUCGGCUGCUUACAAGGGGGUUGAAAGUGUUCAUUUUGAGGGCAUGUUCUACCGCAAGGAUGUUGCGAUGCGCUCGCUGAAGCUCGCUCCGGGAAGGGCCGAGGAUGGUCCUCACUAG